UUUUUUUUUCUGUUUCUCCUCUAACGAUGCUGACAGCUGGGGCCGCGUAUCUUCUUCAACCUCCAGGUUGAGUUUGACAUGAACACGGGACGAACCAACCGUCUCAAAUCCCCAGAUUUUCGUCCCGAUUCCGUUCGAAUUCGUGCCCCCUACGCCACGAAAACUCCUCCAUAUAAACUCCCCCAUCGUCCCCUCUCCUUUUUUCCAAAAAUCGCAACUCUAGAUCACCGAAAAUUCGAUUUCCGAUCUUGCCGGAGUUUCGCCGCUUCGAAGGACUGCGAAAAUGACCCGACAAGGACGCCGGAGCUUCGCCGGAGAGGAAGAAGUUCAGCCAGGAACCAUUGCUGUUCGGGACGAGAAGGGCGCUGAAGAACGACGUGAACCGGAUCGUCUCGUCGAGCCGCACCUCGUCGUCACCUUCAGAGUCGGAGGCCACCACGCCGUCGUUGCCAUCCACACCGUCGCCGCGUCCUUCGUCCGCCGAGCACCACAUCUGAUUUAUUCGGAGUGCGAGAGAAAGUUCACAAGGAAGAAAUCAUCAUCAAAUAUUACUAAGGUUAAUCGACGACUUGUGAGGAUGCGUAGGUCGCGAGUCUGCACUCAACCAGCCUGUGGCAUUGAUGGGACUCCAAGAUGCAAUUUCGUUUUCCGUUGUAUUGAGCUAGCCUUUGGCUAUGCAAGUUGUAAUUAUUUGUACUCUGGAUUAUUCGAAUCGUGUAAUAAAGACUUGUGUUUUACAUGAUUAUUCAUCGAC